AUGGCGGAGUUCCUGCCUCUCUGCGACGUGCUGUUCAACGUGAUCUCGCUGGCCGGUUACUUCUGCGACGUCGUGUUCGACGUUGUGAUGAGCUACGCGCUGCUCGAACGCGGCUAUAAGGCUACGUUCGCGGCCGCCAUAUCUAUAGUCGUCACGUCGCUUCUUAUAACGCAGGUGCUAUCCCUCCGCUGGUACGUGUCCGUGUGGGGCGCGGACGGGCGCACGCAGCGCCCCUGGGCGGUGGCGGCGCUGCACUGCCUGCAGCUCGGCGUGCUGUGGCGGUACGCGCGCCUGCUCGCCCCCGUCGACACCAGCACGCCGCGCGUCAAACACCAAGUGCGGGAUCUGUGCAUGCUGCGGCUGGUGCACGCGUUCUGCGAGGCGGCCCCGAUGCUCCUGCUUCAGUUGCACGUGCUCUUACGAGAGGAGCCCGAGCCUGAGCCGCUGGAGUCUCCGGGGAUUUCACCUGCCGGCAACGCAGCAUUCGCAGAGUUGAACGUGAUAUCGGCGUCUCUCUCGCUCUUCUCCGUGUGCUGGGCGCUAGCCAGCUUCAGCAAAAACGUGCGUCUGCGCAACGUGCACCGACUGGUGUUGACCUGGCUUGGUGUUAUUGUUCAGUUCCUCUGGCGGUUGGGGACGAUCUCAGCGCGUAUAUGCGCGCUCACCGCGUACGCUCUAGUCUACGAAUACUGGGUCUUCUUAGUUAUAGGUCUCCACUGGGUCUCAAUGUUCCUGUGGCUCAUUUCGCCUAAGAACGUGUUUGACGGCGAGCGCGUCGGUCGCGGCCGGAAAGCUCUGCUAGCCGCCCUGAUAGCUGCCGUAUACGUGCUAGCUUACGUAAAUCUGCAAGAGCAUAGGCAUAAGCAGAAGAUGGUGGCGUUCUACAUCGUUAUGUUCGUAGAGAACGCUCUGCUGCUGGUGGCGUGGUGGUGGGCCGCGCCGCGAGCCAACAUGUCCGUCGUAGGCUUCUCCGCCGCCGCUUAUGUCUCAGGCCUGGCCUGCAUGCUGCUCUACUACAGAUAUUUCCACGUGCGAAGAUUGGGCUAUAUGUUAGGAGAAAAUCAACAGGGCACGAAUAGUACAAAUGCAUCGUCGCAAAAUAAAAACGGGAAACAAGCCAACAAUGCGGAUAAUCCUGUUAUUCCGGGCGUGUUCAACUGUCGCUUCACAAAUCCAGUCAAUAGCAGCGCGGCACUUCGCAAGAAAAAAAAGCCGACAUCGUUUGUCCCGCCCCCCGCCGCGCCCGCGCCCGCGCCCGCCGCGCCGCACGCUGCCUUCUGGCGCCGCCCGCUGCCGCACAACCACCAUGGAGGCUCUUCAGAAAACGAAGGCUCCAGCGUCGGUUCCCGCGUCAACAUCCAACAGAAACUACAGGAAAAGAAGCAAAAACAGCUCGCCGAGCUCCGAGUCAUAGAAGAAGAGAUCAAACAGGGCAAACUGGCCAAAACCACCCCCGUCGCCGCCGAAGAAAUAUACAGCAGCCUGCAAAGACAACCCAUACCUAGGGCCAAAACCCACGCUGAACCCGCCUGGCCUAGUAUAGAAAUGACACACUCAUACCAAAACUACCCUGUACCCCACACAUGCAACAUAUACCCAACAUACACAGAAAUCAAAAACUACCAACCCUUCCAAAACAAUAACACAGAUCUCAAAAUCCAUAGACGAUACGACAUCUACGAAAACCCUAACAUUUCUAGACCUAUGCAUUCGCCUAAUUAUCUAGCUUUAUCAGAGAAUAGGAGCUACGAAACUAACCAGAGCCCUAGAACUAUAAACAAUAGCCCUAGGAAUUACAUCGCGGAAAACAAUUACGAAUUAGAUAAAUCUAGGAUACCUAAUAACAUAUAUAGCGACGCGCCUGAGUAUUCCGGGUUCGAAAAUCAACCUUAUAAUAAGGAUGAGUACGUGUCAAAUUUGCUUAACCAAAGCAUAGACGCGAGAUACGAGUGUUACGAGCAGAACUGCGACCGGUUUCCGUAUAUGAAGAAGGAGGAAGGGAGACGGAAGAUGCAGCGGUGUCGGACGCCGGAGAUCCUGCUCGCACCUCACUAUCUAGAGGGGUGUUGUCAUUGGGGCGCGCCGUAUCCGAAUAGGAAGAAGGAAGAGGGCCUGGUGGCAGCCAGUAGCGGCGACGAGUCCGCUGCAAGGGACACCCCGCGAGCGCCCUCUGACAUCGACAGCCAGAUCUCUUUGCCGCGUUCAUACACGUUACCUCGCGAGUUCCGCUACUGGCGCCGGCGGCCGCGCCUCCGCGACCACGUGCCCAGCAACAACAGUAGCGACGGUGACGUAGACAGCGGCGACAACGACAGCGACCGCCGUUCCAACUGCUCAGCGCGACAACCUUACUGCGCGCCGCUAGCGCUCGACGACCAUCGCCGGCGGCGGAAACCCAUGCCCAAGCCGGAGACCAAGCUGUAGCGAGUCAAAUAGCGACCGCUCCAACUUUUCAGGCGACGGUACUGCGCUACACUAGUGCUCGACGACCAUCGCCAGC